AUGGCAUCACACCCCUUACUCCAAGCGUUCCAAGCAUCCAAACCGGCCUUUGGAGUGUGGAUCACACUCCCGGGACCGUUUGCAGCACGCAGUGUCGCAGCCGCGUCUCAACAUCUGUCAUGGCUGGCUAUCGACUGUGAACACGGCCUGACAUCUCUCCAGCCGGGAGCGGCAGAAACCAUCGCCGCCGUAUCAGGUCUCGGCGCGAACGCACCCAGCAUUAUCGUUCGCAUCCCGGCAACUGGUGCAUCUGCAGACGGAAGCGCGAGCUGGCAAAUCAAAUACGCUCUCGACGCAGGUGCGAGGGGCAUCGUUGUGCCUAUGGUCUCUACUAAGGAACAGGCGCAAGCAGUUGUAUCAGCCGCACGCUUCCCUCCCGUGGGUACCCGAGGAUACGGCAGCCCUUUCACCCAAGCGUCUUGGGGCGUAUCUGCGGCAGACUACCUCAAUAUAGCCAAUGGCAGCAUCCUUGUCCUCACCCAAGUCGAGACUCGGCAGGCAUACGACAACAUCGACGCAAUCUGCUCCGUAGAAGGCUUGGACGGAGUGUUCAUCGGACCAUAUGACCUUUCGUUGUCCCUCGGCUAUCCACCACCUAACCCAGAUCCGCACCCGAAGGUAGAAGAAGCGAUACAAAGGAUCCUCCAGGCAGCGCAUAACGCAGGAAAGAAAUGGUACGCGGUCAUUGCGAGCGAACUGAUGGAAGGUUGA